CCUCCAAGGACCCAGGAACUCAACAUCACCACAACACACAACACCAUCGCUGCAUACUUCCACUUAGAAACUCGAUCCUCACCCUCAGAGCAUGAGUCUUCCCGUGAAGAAGAUAUAUGUAGGAACUGAGAGAUGUGGAUUGUGCCGUUCCCAGCUUCCGUGGAGUGGCGAGUCAGACCUCACUUGGGAUCUCAACUUUCGAGCAGCAAUCUGCUUGGAACCAAAUGACGAAAAUACCAUCGAAAUCACCAGGCCUGCCAGCUUGUCAGACAUCGACCUCGACAGCGACGACCAGCAGAUUGAGGUCAGAUUAACUGGUGAUUCCCAAACCCAGUCAGUUGAUAUCUGCCACUACCAGCGAAAUUUCUACAGAAGAAUGACCUACCCGACCGCCUAUUGCUUCCACGACUGGUGCUACGAGACCCUCAUUCAGAAAGUCGAACGCUGCACAGAGCCCGAAAUAUAUAAGCUGUCUCAAAUACUGUCACUCGACUCAGUAGUGUGGGAAAGUAGACACCUGUACCGUCAACAGAUUGAAGAUACAAGCAGUGAAACGCUCCGCAGGCUUGCAGACAGCUAUCAACCACUUCAUAAAUUGCUACAUCUUCCUGUAGAGCUUAGAGACAUGGUCUGGAACUACAUCGGUCUAAAAACCCCUUUCAGCGCUAGUGUCCUGGUUUCAGAGGAAACAACACGCCUACUCCACGCCCUCAAGCGCUCCAGCUGUCAGACUGUAUCCUUGACCCAAGGCGCUCGUAUCUCCGUCAGGAUGCUGACUGUUUUUGGUACCCCAUACAUACAGAGUCUGACUGAUGGUGGUUGCCCUGAGAUCAUACCCGGUGUCGUCACGUACCUCAAAUUUGCCAUGGUCAAUGGUGGAAUCUGCGCAGUCAAGUUAUAUGGUAGCGACUGGAACACAAGCUGGCUAGGUGUUCUUCCCAACUGGGGUUGUACCUGGUAUGGAUGUAUUCGUAACCCGGGAAACACACUUGCAUGCAGCUCAAAUGGUUUGUACUUCACCUCUCUGUCUAGCCUAGACGACCAGGUUUUCUGGGAUCAGCCAGACAUCCCAGAUACUGUCUAUAACCCAGACAAGGAAUUAUUCGACUUCAAACGAGACAUGAGUCGCUCUUAUGAGCUGGAUAAAAGUCGACUAAGGUAUUUUGGAUACCUACCUUUACUUAGCGACAAUAGCUAUGCGAAUAGUCUGACUGUCUAUCUCUCUGCCAAUGGAAUCGUUGGUAUAGAAAGCCAUUUCACAAAGACGUCAAGGCUUAUUGGCCGUCGCGAAGGUUGCCCCAGGCAUUUCCCAUUCCACCCAGGGGAACGAAUCGCGUUCGCAUGGCUUUGUAUCAUUAAUUCUGAAAGCUAUGCCAUGGCUGCGCCGGCUAUGACAAUCCAGACAACAUAUAGGAGAAUCCAUUCAUUCGGACCAUACAUUUUCCCUCACUAUGUGCUGAAUGACAUGUAUAAAUGGAUUCUUCUCGACGGACCUGGAUUUAUUACUGGGUUCUAUGUUGAAUACCCAUAUUCUUUGGAAAUCAUGAGGAUCGGGGUCAUUCGAGAAAGGGAUUCUCUGGGUGUUGGAAGCCCAAACCUGGAAUUUACUGCCUGCCGUGCCGCUUUCCUGCCGCAUGUUGGACCAAAUGCGGGUCUCUUUAUGUCCGUCGCCGAUUUAAGCAAUCUUCGGAAAGUCGAAGUCUGUCGUGUUGGUGUCCGCUGUACCGGACUAAAACUAUACUACAUUCAAGCACCAACAGUAGUUCUUGGGCAGUGGUACACUACUGGCGCUUCACAGUACGCGUCGAUAUUCAAUGGUAAUGGGCCAAACAUAAAGGGUAUCCGGUUCAAAUUGUCGACGUCAGGUGAGGAUCGAGCUGUCACGGACAUCAGCUUUGGAACGGACAUUAGCGAUGACUGCAACAGCAGUUACUUUCGUUUGGGAGAGACCAUCACAUGGUGGUUCUCUAAGUCCCAUGAUGUUAUUCGUCUCUGGGACGGAAAAGUUCUCCCCGUUCCAAAAGGGAGUAUUAACACUUUCAAGUAGUUUUUGCAUUGGUAUUGACCUAGGAAAUGACAAAGGAGAAAGAUAGAUCGUGUAUAGUACUUGAUCACGUGGAAAUCUUGUCGUGCGUUAAAAUACAUUUCCUUCUUCCCCUCAUACAACCAAGCUGUCUUCCCACCAAUUUUUUGUUUCUGUUGCGGCCAAUAACAUCCUUGAAAGGAAAUACAUUAACAGGUUGUCAAAUUCUUGGAUUUCGCAUGCCUCAACCGUCUAAAGGUAGGUCGAGAGUAGGUUUAUACACAUGAGGAAGAGCUUCUAGAGCUCUCUAUGCCUUACAAAUCAAGCUUUAUUCUAGAGCAUUCGGCAUUUACUUGACUGAGGAUCACAUGAAAUCUAACACGGGUGACCCUCACAACCAAGUAAGCGCCUCUAUCAUGUCCUGUACCUCCAUUCACAUCCAUUUUAUCGGGGUCCCGCUAAGACGAUGAGCCUAAUGUAUCACAUCCUGAACCUUCGUGUCCUCAGACUGCUUCCCAGCUGGAAAGCCUGAGGCGCCAUCCAUACCGUACCCGCCGCUGGAAACACCGCUUGUGGCUUGUGUCGGGUUCGUGCCGGACGUCGAUAUCGAAUGUUGCUGUUUGAACAGUCUGGAAUAGCAGGUUGAUGGAAUUAAUAGUCGCUGGAAGUCUGUCCAGCGUGCGCGGUGGGCGGCCAUCUUUUCAUUUUGUUGAAGGUGUGCUCAAUCAGUUGGCUAUCCUCGUCGGAACCAACGUCCUUGUAAUGUUGCCAGGCUCCCUUAUCUGGGGUGCCCCACCAUGGAGUAAAGCUUUUGUCGCCCCGCGUGUAUUUCCAGAGUCUGAUAUGAGCGCCAGCCAUUGUGGCAGCGUAAACAAAAGGCGCAGCCUCAUAUUCCACAUAUGCCUUGCAAUAGUCCAUGGCCUGCUCCUCCAACAAUCUGAGACUGAAUGGUUGGCUUAUAUGGGCCCGUUUACACUCUGCGAAGCAAAAUGUUCGAAUUUUGUCAUAUACAUCCAGGUAAUUGACCACAAGGUCACAUCGCUUCGAAGAAUCAGGACUUGGUGGCUGCUCGCUUGUCACUGCGAAGUGGUCUUCAGUGAAGAUGUUUCUGUAAAGUAUGACUUCCAUGAGCGCUACAGUUGCGUGUUCCUUGGGAUCGGCUAUACCAGUAGAGACAUUCGCAAGGUGAGCUCUGUUGUAAAACUGCUGCUGCAUAGGAGUCUUGAUGAGUCCGUGAGGGGAGAAAGGCGUAGUUGAUGACAUCGUUUCUACUGUGGUAGAUGACGAAGAAGAGGACAAAGAAGAGGAAUAUGUUGAAGAUGAAGAUGAUGAAGAAGAUGACGAAGAAGAAGAAGAUGGAGAUGAUCUAAGUCAUGACUUCUCCUAAAGGUGCUCAAUUUAUAUUGAAUGUAGUGGGUACAGAUGAUUAAGACUAGGUCAAUGAAAAGGUCCAACUCA